GCCAGCAGAGAAAAUCCGGUGCCAGCACUCCCCACAGCGAGUGCUCUGAGAAGGGCCACAGAGCAGCGCAGGCUGGGAUGAGCUCUGGAGAUGGGGGCUCCGCAACCUCCCCAGGCAGUUCCAGCGCUGGACCACCUCACAAUUUUUACAAAUGAGGGUGUAACUGCUGCUGAAGAGCUCCAGGCGGUGUAAUGACAACAAAAGCGAACUUUCCUGCGGCAGGGGGAUCCGUGGUGGUGCCCUAUGGGCACGUGGUUGGGAACGAGAAGUGGAGAGGGUCAGAGAUAGCCCAGCGGCUGCAAGGGAAAAUUAAGCUCAUUUUUGAAGAUGGCUUGGGACUUGUGGACUUUCAUCUUUCAAACAAAAUUUGCAUUUUAUACAUUUCGGAAGCAGACUUGGUUGCAGGAGAUGACUUCAAACGAAGAUUGGUUCGGUUUAGGAAUGCCAACAGUCUUGGUGGAAUUGUAAUUGUCGAGAGGACUCAAAUAAGCGACCAGUACUUCAUAGCAGUGCAAAAGCUUGUUGUGCUAGAACUCGGAAUGGUGCUGCUUCCUGUGGCAAAUCAAGCAGAAGCUUCUCAACUUAUUACUCAGCUGGUCCGAGAACAAAGUAAGGAUCACAACAGUAACCCCUUUCUUCGUAAACAAUGCUCUCAGCUGCUAGAGCCAUCCGUAUUUCGGACUGUGCAACAAAUUCCAGGAGUUGGGAAAACAAAAGCUCUGCUUCUACUGCAACAAUUUGGAAGUAUUCACCGGCUUUGUAAUGCAUCUGUUGAAGAGCUUGAGGUAGUAGUUGGACAAACGGUAGCACAACAAAUCCACACGUUCUUAGGUUCCUGACCUGUGUAGCACUGUUUUGGAAGACAAGACUGCUUCUGUUAUUGUGAAGUCUAAAAUUGUUUUAAUGAUCACAUACAAUGGUAACUUCUAUAAUCCUGGUAACAACCAGAGGGUGUUGAGUAAUUCUCUUGAGUUUACUUCCUCUUUACCACUGCUCUGGUUGUGUAGACUGAGCUGUGAAAAAUACCUUGGAAAAGGGGCUGGGACGUGUCUUACAUCCAUCUUGAACAAAAAAAAAAUAAAAAAAAAUACGUUUUUUCCUCCUGUGAAUGCUGAAAACAAGGUAAUCUGUCUACAUACAUCUUCCAGAAAUACCACCCAGGUGUUAACAGUGUUUAUUUAUUUAGAGUACAUGCUACAAUCUCGCAUUCGCUUAUCUUUCAGUAGAAUAGAUUGUCAUCUCAGUAGCUAGAAAUAUGAGAGUUAAAAUGCUUUAAAAAAAAAAGUACGUCUUUCACCACCUUUUUCUUCUCCCUCCAGGGAGUAUUUAUAACGGGCUGGGGGACAGAUACGAGUCUAUCAUGACACGACUGUAGUUAUUAAAACAUUUUUUACAGUAGCUAGUAAUAUGCUUUGUAUUGAUUAUCUUUUUCCUUAAAUUACAUCAUCCUAACACUUAACACUGCAGUUUAGGUAAGACUUCAAUUGUUUUAUAGUUGAAUUCUCAGGUGAAAUUGUUUCUAAAAUCCAGAAAACAUGGAAUACUCAAAAGAAAUGCUUAGUAACUACAGUUUCAGAUUACCUUUUUUCAUCCAAAUAUAGCACUUAUUUAUAGUCAGUUGUAUGUAAUAAACAUACACGAAGUUGA